AACUUGCUCCGACAACACUCAGAAAACUUUCAUCUUCUCCCAAUUUGUACACGCCGAUUGUUGAUUCCAUUGGCAAAUCUCAGGACCGAUCAUGGGACACGGUGAGAAAAGUGGGAGACCUAGCAAGAAGCACAAAUCAUCAUCCAAGGAGGACCAUAGAGCUGCAGCUUUCGAAGAGGAGGAUGCAUAUUAUGUUGAAGAUUUUAUGGACGAUGAUCAUGAUGGUGACGGAGAAGGAAAAAAGAGAGACUUUACCAAAUUGGAACUUAAAGCAGAUCAUAUUAAUCGCCCAUUAUGGGCUUGCGCAGAUGGCCGGAUCUUUCUCGAGACUUUCUCUCCGUUGUAUAAACAGGCUUAUGAUUUUCUAAUUGCUAUUGCGGAACCUGUCUGCAGGCCGGAGUCAAUGCAUGAAUACAACCUCACUCCUCACUCACUUUAUGCGGCUGUGUCGGUCGGUCUAGAAACUGAAACCAUCAUUGCUGUUUUGAACAAGCUUUCAAAAACCAAGCUUCCUAAAGAGAUGAUCGAUUUCAUUCAUGCUUCCACAGCCAAUUAUGGAAAAGUAAAGCUCGUAUUGAAGAAGAAUCGGUAUCUAGUUGAAUCUCCUUUCCCAGAGGUAUUGAAAAGAUUGUUAAGCGAUGAAGUCAUAUCUCGAGCAAGGAUUUCAAAUGAGGGAUGUGAUGGAUUCACUGUUAGUAGAUCGAUCGGUGAAAUUGAAGGUACACAUGAUGAACUGCUAAAUGAAGCACAAUUGGCAGCUGCAGCUGAAGAAAAAGAAGCUCAUUCGUUUGAAAUUGAUCCUGGUCAGGUUGAAAAUGUAAAGCAGAGGUGCUUGCCAAAUGCUCUAAACUAUCCUAUGUUGGAGGAGUACGAUUUUCGCAAUGAUACAAUUAAUCCAGACCUUGAGAUGGAACUAAAGCCUCAAGCACAACCACGGCCUUAUCAAGAGAAGAGUCUUAGUAAGAUGUUUGGAAAUGGUAGAGCAAGGUCUGGCAUCAUUGUCUUGCCUUGUGGUGCUGGAAAGUCUUUAGUGGGGGUUUCCGCAGCCUGUCGCAUAAAGAAAAGCUGUCUCUGUUUAGCAACAAAUGCUGUUUCUGUGGAUCAAUGGGCUUUUCAGUUCAAGUUGUGGUCAAACAUUCGUGAUGAACAUAUUUGUCGGUUUACAUCUGAUAGCAAAGAGAGGUUUCGUGGAAAUGCUGGAGUUGUUGUGACCACAUAUAACAUGGUUGCUUUUGGAGGUAAGCGAUCUGAGGAAUCUGAAAAGAUCAUUGAGGAGAUAAGAAAUAGAGAAUGGGGCUUGCUACUCAUGGACGAGGUGCAUGUUGUUCCUGCUCACAUGUUUCGUAAAGUCAUUAGCAUCACUAAAUCUCACUGCAAGCUUGGACUUACUGCCACACUUGUUAGAGAGGAUGAAAGGAUUACGGAUCUGAAUUUCCUUAUUGGUCCCAAGUUGUAUGAGGCAAAUUGGUUGGAUUUGGUCAAGGGAGGAUUCAUUGCAAACGUACAAUGUGCUGAAGUUUGGUGUCCAAUGACAAAAGAGUUUUUUGCCGAAUAUCUAAAGAAGGAGAAUUCUAAGAAGAAACAGGCACUAUAUGUGAUGAACCCAAACAAGUUUAGAGCUUGCGAGUUUCUUAUUCGAUUCCAUGAACAACAGCGUGGCGAUAAGAUAAUUGUCUUCGCUGACAAUCUUUUUGCACUCACUGAGUAUGCAAUGAAACUUCGCAAACCAAUGAUCUAUGGUGCCACAAGCCAUAUGGAAAGGACAAAGAUACUUGAGGCUUUCAAGACUAGCAAGGAAGUUAACACCGUUUUCCUUUCAAAGGUGGGUGAUAAUUCUAUAGAUAUUCCCGAGGCAAAUGUAAUUAUUCAAAUUUCAUCCCAUGCUGGUUCAAGACGUCAAGAAGCUCAACGUCUUGGCCGUAUUCUCAGGGCAAAGGGUCGACUCCAGGAUAGAAUGGCAGGAGGAAAAGAGGAAUAUAAUGCCUUUUUCUACUCCCUAGUAUCUACUGAUACACAGGAAAUGUACUAUUCAACUAAGAGACAGCAAUUUCUGAUUGAUCAAGGUUAUAGUUUUAAGGUGAUCACAAGCCUUCCCCCCCAAGACACAGGGGCAGAAUUGAGCUAUCAUCGUCUUGAUGAACAACUUUCACUUCUUGGAAAGGUGUUAAGUGCUGGCGAUGAUGCAGUAGGUUUAGAAAUACUAGAAGAUGAUACAGAUGACAUAGCACUUCAGAAAGCUCGUGCUCGUCGCCUAAUGGGAUCCAUGAGUGCCAUGUCAGGAGCUAAAGGGAUGAUCUAUCAUGAGUUCAGGACUGGACAAAACAGGUUCGGAAAGAGCAAGCCGAAGGAUCCAGCAAAGAGACAUCAACUAUUCAAGAAACGUUUUGUAUGAAUACAUACAUACAAUCAAAUACAGGUUAUGCUGCAUCGUUACGGCUGUAUGGAAACCAUAAACCGAGGCGUGUUUCUUUUCUUUUGGCAUAACUGCAUCUCUUCCACAAAAACCUUGCUUUCGUUUUUAUAAAGAAAGAUGAAACUUACACUUUGUACCAGUUUUGGUUUCAUUCUGUUUCAAAGCAAUUGUAGAAUAUGCAACAAACUAAACCUUUCCAAUUUCUGGGCUUCGAGGAAUCAUCAUCAUAAGCUCUAGGUAAGAUAAUGUCAUUCAGAGGUCUGAAUUGUUUUGUGAA